AUGGCUCAGUCCUCACCUCGGCCCUCACUUGAUGGGCACAGCCAUGCCUCUGCUCCCUUUUUCCACACUCUGACUCAACGCCUGCGCAAGAGCUCUAAUGCCAGCUCCUACAGCUCAGACCCCUCUUCUCCAUCCCCGGCCGACCCGGUGUCAAGGACAGAGGCUUCCCGAGCUGCGAGGCGGAUGGUGCUGUCAAUGGUGCGAGACGACUGGGAGUGGCCUCCGCCUGCGUCACCUACAUCCGCAGCCAACAACGGCGGCAGAUCCCCCAUUCCCCACCGCGAGCCUCUGACAUACCGCUUACGCGAAGAAGCCCAAUCCGACCUGGAAAUCGACGACGUGGCCUCCAAACGCCGCGCAAAGGUUGACCCAUACAAGUUCGAAAGUCCCGAGGCGGUGGGGAAUGUGAUUGCCGAGCGCCGGAGGAAACGCAGAAAAAUGCAGGAAGAAGAAAUGUCCUGGAAUGAAGGGUUGAAGAUCUGGAUUGAAAGGCGCGAUGCCUGGACGGGAGCUCUGCAGCAGAAACCUAACAGCAACAAACCAACAGAACGACGGCCCUCGCCGACCACAAAAAGGCCUUCGUACAAAUCUCGCCUUUCUCAAGUCUUCACAGGACACAAGGGGGACCAGCCCAACUCCACGGACGGGGGUUCAACAAGCUGGCCCGUUUCUCCAGCUUCACCUACGCCAGAGUGCUCGAGCAUAGAGAGCAUCGAAGCCACUCCGGCCACGCAGACCACCACGAACACGACCGCUGAACCUCUCUCGCCAGCCUCAUCCUCUCAACUGCCAUCGUCACCGCCAUCUUUAGUGUCUACAGAACCCGGCCCCUGGAUACCCAUCUAUCCUCCCAUCCUCCCCCAAGACAACAUUAUCCGAGACCGCAUAAAGCCCUCGGCCUACCCGACCAUCUACUCGAAAAUUGUAGUCCAAGGCCUCACGCCUAACGUGCCCAUUCCGCUAUGUCACAUGAUUCCCGCAUUGGUCGAAGGGUGGAAGUCCGAGGGGAACUGGCCGCCUCAACCCAGCGCCACUCUCGCGCAGGAUGUGAAGAAGGGGAGGAAGAGCAGCACCCUGGCCAAGUGGAGAAAAGAACACUCUGAAGACCAGCACAAUGGGCAGGAUUCCUCCCACCACCAUCACUUCCUCCACCAUGGCCAUCACGGUGGCAGUGCUGUUGGCGGUGGUGGAGAAGUGGCAGCAGCAGUUGUAAGCGGCGCCAAGGACCACCAAAAUGUGCAUGAGGACGGAGGAAGAGGUCAUAGAGUGCGAAGAAGUAUAGGUAUGAUGAGGAGGGUUGGGUCGUUGUUGGGUGGGUCCAUGAGCAGUGACGGUCUCGAUGAGUUGGGGAUUGAGUUCCGCGACCAGGACGAGGAGGAAAUGGGGAGGAACGUGGCGCUGAACAAAGGUUUGGUUCAUAAAAGCUAA